AUGGUGGCAUUCGACAUACCUGAGAUUCCGGCGUAUGUCUACGAACAAAAUAUGUUCAUUCAAGAACUAAGCCCUAUCGGAGGGAGCUUAGUCGGAUCAUUCUUUGUCGGUUUGAUCCCUCUCUUGCUUGUCCUGGUUCUGUUGGGUGUAUUCCGUGUACCGGCCUACAUAGCAUCCUUUUGUGGUCUUAUCAUCUGUAUCUUUAUAUCUAUAUUUGCUUGGCACAUGCCCGCUCAACAGGCAUUCCAGGCUAUUGGAAAUGGCAUUGUCUUUGCAAACUGGCCAAUUAUGUGGAUCGUGGUCAAUGCAAUGUUCAUUUAUAAUGUAUCGGUAGAAUCAGGAAUCUUUGAUAUCUUCAGGCGCUGGAUGAUCACCAACACUCCUCCAGAUACUCGCAUCCUUUUGCUCAUUGUCGGCUUCAGUUUCGGUGCUCUUCUGGAAGGUGUUGCUGGCUUUGGUACCCCUGGUGCCAUUUGCUCAUCCCUCAUGGUCUCGCUUGGUUUUGAACCCGCAGAUGCACUUGUCUUUACUCUCAUCUUUGACACUACCCCAGUUGCCUUUGGUGCUCUUGGUAUUCCUGUCACAACCCUUGCUUCUCUCACCGGUCUGGACGUCAUGGAUCUUUCGGCAAUGAUGGGUCGUCAGCUUCCCCUGCUUAGUUUGUUCUUGCCCCUUUAUGCUCUUGGUUUCUAUGCAGGCUUCCGUGCUGGUAUCAUGGAGUGCUGGCCUGCUGCUGCUGUUGCUGGUAUCUCUUUCUCUGUUAUUCAGGCCGUCUUUGCCAACUUGGUCGGUCCUGAAUUGCCAGAUCUUAUUGCUGGUUUGAUCUCUCUGCUUUCCUUGAUUAUCUUUGUUCAGUUCUGGAAACCCCCUUAUCGUGCCGAGUACGAGGCUACUGUCGGAAAGAUGCGCACCCAAGGUGAUAUCGAGGCCUCUGCAGGUGUUGCACCCGCACCGGCUGAGAACCACGACCGUCCCUUGAGCAUCAGCAGCGGUAUUUCUGCUGCCCCCAACACUACCGAAAAGGCUGUUGGCGAAGUCAACAAGCAAGAGAUCGAGACAACCGAGAAUGUGAUGUCCUAUGUCAAGCCUACCUUCAGAGAAACCCUUUUGGCCUGGAGCCCUUGGAUUAUCAUUGUCGUUAUCGUCAUCAUCUGGUCCUUUGCCAAGGUUUCUGAAAAGGGACAAGUGCUCGUCCAUUGGCCCCAGCUUGACCAAAGAGUUUGGUUGACUUUGUACGGAAAACCUUAUGCCGCAAUCUGGACAUUCCAGCCACUUGCCACCGGAACUGCUAUCUUAAUUUCCUUUUUCCCCUUUGCAGCCAUUGUCCUUUGGUACGGUGCCCACCCUCGCGUAUUCUACCAUGCUCUCAAGGCCACCUACAGACAGCUCCACAUGCCUGUCCUGACCGUAUCGUUCAUUAUGGCCUUUGCCUACCUCUUCAACUACUCGGGUAUUGUCUACUCUAUCGGUCUCACACUUGCUUCGGUCGGCAAGGCCUUCCCCUUCUUGUCUGCCUGGCUGGGCUGGCUGGGCUGCUUCUUGUCCGGCAGUGACACCUCGGCCAACUCUCUGUUCGGUAACCUGCAGGUAGUCGCAGCUCGUGAGAUCGGUCUGUCGGCAGUCUUGAUGGCUGCUACCAACUCUAGCGGUGCCAUUACAUCCAAGAUGAUCUCACCCCAGAACUUGACAACCGGUGUGUCUACGAUCGGACUCCAGGGUCAGGAAGGCAGGAUCCUUCGCCGCACAAUCAUUCACUCACUUAUCAUGGUAUGUCUGAUUGGUGCAAUGGCCUGUGUACAGCAGUAUGGUAUUCCUGGUAUCAUUCCUCACUACGAACAUUAA